ACAUAUAAAAAAUAUAUCUGUUUAAUGUAUUUUGUUGUUCAUUUUAAAGUGUUUUGAAAAAGAUGAGAAAAUCAAUUCAAUUUCAACUCACAUGUUGAAGAAAUAAUUAAUAAUAUUCAAUAAAGAAAAUAUGCAAAGUAGAACUUUAUUGAAUUUAACCAUAUCAGAUUCUAAAGUUUUCGGUGACGCAUCACAUUGUUUUUUGUACUUGAUUUAUGGUGAUUGUGUGUCUGAGGUCAUGAUCUCGUGGUGGCGACAACAGUGUUUUCGGUACAUCUACUAAUAAAAAAAAGCUGAUUAUAUGAAAAUCAUAAAGGUUCUUUAAAAAAACACACAAUUUAUGUAUUAACAACAUGUGGAAAAGAUAGUUUGAGUAUUUAUUCAAAGUAAAAUAUCUCAAAAAAAUAGAAGUAUCAUCCAAGUAUAUCGUAAUAGCAUGCGGACAGAAAAUAACUUUGAUCAAAGAAGAAAAAAUAACAACCAGCAUCUUCCGAAAGAUACAUUAAACAUCUUCAAGUUUUUGUUCCUCGUAUUAUGGAUCGAAACACCAAUAGUUUUAGGAUAUCGAAAUUUUACCACAAUCGAACCCGAUUUGAUGGUACUAAGUAUGGAAAAAAUCACAGCGCCUGUUCACCAACCUUUUAAUGGCAGUGGAAUUUGUGGCACUGUAAAUGUACGCUUCAGAAUUGAGGACAUGGAAAAGUAUCGUGGUUGUCGAGUAAUUGAAGGAUCAGCUAGCAUAAUUCUUCUAGAUGAUUCUUCCGAAAAUGAUUUUGUAAAUUACUCCUUUCCCGAACUAACAGAAAUUACUGGAUUUUUAAUGCUUUAUCGAGUUGGAGGAGUCAAAAGCCUCAGUCAUUUCUUUCCUAAUCUUGCUGUAAUACGCGGACGUGAUCUUUUCAAGGAUUAUUCCUUAAUUAUAUAUGAAGUUAACGAUUUAGAAGAAAUUGGAUUAUUCAAUUUGCAAACGAUCGAAAGAGGGAAUGUUAGAAUUGAGAAGAACGAUAUUCUAUGCUUUGCAGAUCGUAUAGACUGGACACUUAUCGCUGGACCGGGUGAACAUUAUAUUGCGAAAAAUCAAUUACCUGCAUAUUGUCCUGUGUGUCCCUACGAAAAGGAGGAUUUGCAAUGUCCACGUACAACUAGUAAUGAUCCAAAAGCUGGUACGCUAUGCUGGAAUCAAAAACACUGUCAAAUGGUAUGUAAGUGUAAUGGAGGAGUGUGUAAUUCGAAAGGAAAAUGUUGCGAUCCCAAAUGUAUAGGAGGAUGUGACAACAAUAAUGUCAAAAAAUGUAUCGCAUGUAAAAGACUUGCUGUGGAAAUAGACGAUGAAAUUAGAUGCCAAGAUAACUGCCCAGAAGGAAAAUUCGAAUAUAUGGAACGACGAUGUCUAACACGUCAGCAGUGUUUCAGUCUAAAUAAUUUUGAAAAAUAUGCGGAAAAUGUGUCACCCUACAUCCCUUUUAAUGGAACUUGCAUGAGAGGUUGCCCUCCCACUUAUGUUGAUUUUAAAAACCAAACCGAUUGUAAAUCAUGUGGAUCAGAAUGUCAAAGAAGGUGUCAAGCAAAAAUUAUUGAUUCCAUAGCUGCAGCUCAAAGUCUCAAGGGAUGUGCCAUCAUAGACGGUCCUUUAGAGAUUCGAUUAAGAAGAAGUUCAUCUAAAUCUCUUGAAACAGCUACAAAUGUUGUUAAAGAACUUGAAAACUCUCUUUCAGAAAUUGUUGAAAUUCAAGAUUAUCUUAAAAUAGCUCGAUCUUAUCCAAUAAUGUCUCUAAGCUUUUUAAAAAAUCUGAAGGUUAUCAAGGGGAAGCGCCUUGAGAGUAACAAAUAUUCUGUAGUUCUUUGGGAUAAUCAAAACCUUCAAGAGCUUUGGAAUCAAACUGUAUCUGUUGAAAACGGAAAGCUUUUCUUCCAUUUUAAUCCUUUGCUAUGCUUCUUCAAAAUUGAAAAAGUUACAGAAAAUCCUUCUCAAAUUGAAAACUAUGAUAUGGCUAAAAUGUCAAAUGGCGACAAAACGACUUGCAAUGUUAUGACUUUGGGUGUAAAAGUUGUAGAAACAUAUUCUCAAGCUGCUCUCCUUCAGUGGUCACCAUUAAAAUUGGGUGAUGAACGUGCGCUGCUUGGUUAUGGAGUGUUAUAUAUCCCUGCACCAUUUAAUAACGUUACAAUAUGGGGUGGACGAGACGCCUGUAAUGAUGGAUGGUUUAUUGAUGAUGUUAACGAUUUUACCACUAAUGACUCGAUAUCUUACCCGCUGACGAAAUUAGAACCUUAUACACAAUAUGCAUUCUAUGUCAAGGCUUACACACUAGCUACUGAAAAAAUAGGCGCACAAAGUGAUAUUCACUAUUUUCGAACAUCACCAGGACAACCACAAGCAGUUACUAAGUUAAAAGCUGUUCCAAAAUCUAGUUCAUCAAUUAUACUUAGUUGGGAGCCUCCAAGAAAGGUCAAUGGGAAAUUACAAAGUUACAUAAUACGAGCGAAAAUUAUAGAAAAAAAUGAUCAAAUUUUAGAACAACGAGAUUAUUGCUUGCAGCCUUUUGAACGAUCGGAAACUAUUAUUAAAACCGAUUCAAAACCACCUGAUCGUCCAAAACCAAGUCUUAUUGAAUUCAUCGGCCCAUGCGAUUGCAACAUUUGUAUUCAGACUUGCCAAAAAGCAGAAGAAGAUGAUGAAGACCGCCAGUCAUCGGUUGAUUUUGAAGAUGAAAUCCAAAAUUACGUUUAUGUUAAAACUGAACCUGAAACAGUCAGUGAAAUGCGAGAAAAAAGAAGAGCGAGAAGGCAAGCGGAAUUUCCAGAAGAUCUUGACAAAGAAAUUGCUCGUCGAAGAGAGCUUGAAACAGAGUCAACAAAAACUGAGGACGGAAAAUACCGUACAUUUUAUCAAGAAAUUAAUGACACAAGGCAAACAACGUUUGAACUUUCGGACCUUCGACAUUAUUCGAAUUAUCAAUUCUUUUUGAAAGCAUGUCGUGAAAAAGAUUCUGAUGAUCGCUCUGAUGAGAAUUGUGGCCCCGAAGCACAAAUUUCAGCCAUAACUCUAAAAGAAGAGAAAAACGAUGUCAUCCCAAGAUUCGAUGUUGUCGCUGUUCCAGGUAAUGGCAGUUUGGGACAAAUAAAAGCCACUUGGGAGCCCCCACCCAAUCCCAAUGGUUUACUUCUAUCGUAUACAAUUCGUUAUAAAAAGAACGACUUAGAACACACAAAAUGGGAAUCCAGUUGUAUAUCACACAAAAUUUAUAUGAAUCAAAGUUUUCAUAUACUGAAAUCGCUUACUAAUGGAAACUAUAGUAUUCAAAUUGCUGCAACAUCAAUGGCUGGAAUGGGAAACUUUACUCAAGUCAAAUAUGUUAUCAUUAAUGAAUAUGGCGGAUUUAAUAUAGGAUUCAUAGCAAUAUCAUUAACAGUUGUUUUGAUAUUAUUAUUUCUAUGCCUAAUCUACGCUUUCAAACGUUAUUAUUUAACAUCCAUAUCAAAUAUGAAGCUUAUUGCCAUUGUCAAUUCCGACUACGCAGGUGUAGAUUACAAACAGGAUGACUGGGAAGUUCCACGUGAAAAAGUUGUUAUGAAAGGGACAAAGGGACUUCUUCCUGUUCGUUGGAUGUCACCCGAAAGCUUAAAAGAUGGAGUUUUCACGAGUAGUAGUGAUGUUUUCUCGUAUGGAGUUGUUCUUUGGGAAAUGGCUACUCUCGCUUCUCAACCGUAUCAGGGACUUUCAAAUGAUCAGGUAUUAAGGUACGUUAUAGAAGGAGGGGUAAUGGAACGUCCUGAAAAUUGCCCAGAUAAACUUUAUGAGCUCAUGAGGAGAUGUUGGCAGCACAGACCUACAGCAAGGCCAACUUUUAUGAAAAUAAUCGAAAUGCUCCUUGACGACGUUAAUCAAAAUUUCAGGAAUAUUAGUUUUUAUUUUACUAAAGAAGGACAAGAUACACUGCACCAACAAAAACAAGGUGAACUUGCAUUGAAUAUUCAUGAUGAUGUGACAACUCCGUUACGACAAGAUGAAGCAGAUGUAUCCAGUCUUGAAGGAAACUUUUUUUUUAUGGAGGAAAUAAUCAGUGAUCACAAGCUUUAGUGACUUUUACGGCAUAUUAUUUUCAAAAUCAACGUUUUAACUAGUUAAAAAAUAAAUUACUCACAAAUAUUUGCGUAACAUUGUAUGUCGAUUAUACGUAUAGUUUGAAUCAUUCUAUGUAAUAGCAAAUUGUUAUUAUUACUAAUUCUUCCAAGAGAUACCUACAAGUUAUUGCGAUGUAAUUAUUAUAACUUUAUUAUUUUUUUCUAAAUAUUUUAAAAAUUAAUUUUAGAUAUUGCAAAGUCCCAUACAUUUUUUUAAGAUUUCGUGAGUUAGCUAAUAAAACUCAAAGUUGUCAAGUAAAACAAACUGGAUUCUGAUUGAAAUUUGCAGCGCUUUAACUCGACUUGAAUUGAAUCGGAU